GGGCGGGGACUUUCUCCCCGACCUCAGCACCCACAGAAGCCGCUCAACCACCUGAACCCCGAAAACGCCAACAAGUAGUUUCUCCUCUGAGAAGGGCGGCUCAGACGGCCGCACAGACUCCGUCCGGCUUCAGGGAAAAACCUCGUCUACUCGGAGACCCACGCCGAUCCACUUUUCUCCCUGUCUCCUUAAGUCAUGUCUGAGCCACAGCGAUGGGCAAGAUCGAGAACAACGAGAGGGUGAUCCUCAAUGUCGGGGGCACCCGGCACGAAACCUACCGCAGUACUCUCAAGACCCUUCCCGGAACUCGCCUGGCCCUGCUCGCCUCCUCUGAACCCCAGGGCGACUGCCUGACGGCCCCGGGUGACAAGCUGCAGCCGCUGCCCCCUCCGCUCUCCCCGCCGCCGCGACCGCCUCCCUUGUCCCCUGUCCCCAGCAGCUGCUUCGAGGGCGGCGCGGGCAACUGCAGUUCCCACGGUGGCAACGGCGGCGGCGGCGGCGGCGGCGGCGGCGACCACCCUGGGGGAGGCCGCGAAUUCUUCUUCGAUCGCCACCCCGGGGUCUUCGCCUAUGUGCUCAACUACUACCGCACGGGCAAGCUGCACUGCCCCGCCGACGUGUGCGGGCCGCUCUUCGAGGAGGAGCUGGCCUUCUGGGGCAUCGACGAGACCGACGUGGAGCCCUGCUGCUGGAUGACCUACAGGCAGCACCGUGACGCGGAGGAGGCACUGGACAUCUUCGAGACGCCCGACCUCAUCGGGGGCGACCCUGGGGACGACGAGGACCUAGCGGCCAAGCGGCUGGGCAUUGAGGAUGCUGCAGGACUUGGGGGACCCGAUGGCAAGUCUGGCCGCUGGAGGAGGCUGCAGCCCCGCAUGUGGGCCCUCUUUGAGGACCCCUACUCAUCCAGAGCCGCCAGGUUUAUUGCUUUUGCUUCUUUAUUCUUCAUCUUGGUUUCCAUCACAACCUUUUGCCUGGAGACACACGAAGCUUUCAAUAUUGUUAAGAACAAGACAGAGCCAGUCAUCAAUGGCACAAGUGCUGUUCUCCAGUAUGAAAUCGAAACGGAUCCUGCCUUGACGUAUGUAGAAGGAGUGUGUGUGGUGUGGUUUACUUUUGAGUUUUUAGUCCGUAUUGUUUUUUCACCCAAUAAACUUGAAUUCAUCAAAAAUCUCUUGAACAUCAUUGACUUUGUGGCCAUCCUCCCCUUCUACUUAGAGGUGGGACUCAGCGGGCUGUCCUCCAAAGCUGCAAAAGAUGUGCUUGGCUUCCUCAGGGUGGUUAGGUUUGUGAGGAUCCUGAGAAUCUUCAAGCUCACCCGCCAUUUCGUAGGUCUGAGGGUGCUUGGACACACUCUUCGCGCAAGUACCAAUGAAUUUUUGCUGCUGAUCAUCUUUCUGGCUCUAGGAGUUUUGAUAUUUGCUACGAUGAUCUACUAUGCCGAGAGAGUAGGAGCUCAGCCUAAUGACCCUUCAGCUAGUGAGCACACACAGUUCAAAAACAUCCCCAUUGGUUUCUGGUGGGCUGUGGUGACCAUGACUACUUUAGGCUACGGGGAUAUGUACCCCCAAACAUGGUCAGGGAUGCUGGUGGGGGCCUUAUGUGCUCUGGCUGGAGUGCUGACAAUAGCCAUGCCUGUGCCUGUCAUUGUCAACAAUUUUGGAAUGUACUACUCCUUGGCAAUGGCGAAGCAGAAACUUCCGAGAAAAAGAAAGAAACACAUUCCUCCCGCUCCUCUGGCAAGCUCACCUACAUUUUGCAAGACAGAAUUAAAUAUGACUUGCAACAGUACCCAGAGUGACAUGUGUCUGGGCAAAGAAAACCGGCUUCUGGAACAUAACAGAUCAGUGUUAUCAGGUGACGACAGUACAGGAAGUGAGCCGCCAUUAUCACCUCCAGAAAGGCUCCCCAUCAGACGCUCUAGUACCAGAGACAAAAACAGAAGAGGGGAAACAUGUUUCCUGUUGACGACAGGUGAUUACGCGUGCACGUCUGAUGGAGGGAUCAGGAAAGAUAACUGCAAAGAGGUUGUCAUUACUGGUUACACGCAAGCCGAGGCCAGAUCUCUUACUUAAUGACUUGGGGAAGGCACAAAACAUGUGAGAAAGGUAACUGCUAGCCAGGCUUGCAUUGUUUAGCCAGGAAUUUCUGCUUGGUAAUAGAGCCAUUUUCCCCCACUAUAAGUCCUAGAAUUUGUCAUUAUUUUCAGAGGUUAGAGUGCUAAACAUUACCCAAAGCUCUCGUGUGUUUUCAUUUCUGAUUUUGUGUGAACAUCAAAGGUAGUGAUGUUCAUUGGAGGGUUUUUCAUUUGUUUGUUUUGUUUUUCACUAGCCUUAAAAUUUGCAUCAAAGGACUAACCAGACUUUUCAGGCUGUGUUUAAUCAGGUGCUUUGUCCUGUGUGUUGUUUUCGGUCUGUCUGUUUUCGCUCCCUGUCUUAACUGUAUGUACCAUUUGUCUUCAUUGAGGGUAGAUGUGCCCUGAUAGGCUCUUUAAACUUAGCACUGAUUUCCCUACCUCCUACCCCCUGUCUUGUUUGCUACUUGGAGCAGCCUCUCUGCUUUGUAUAUACGUUAAUGAUGCUCUGUAGACUACCUAAAUUAAUAGGCACUGUGAAUCUUUUUUGAUGAGCAGGACUGAAGCAGCGAUUUCACCAUAGCACUCGAUUGCCUACUGCACUGUCAGUUUCUACUACCUAGUAACCAGCAUUCAUCACUACAUUCCAGCAUACAUCCCUAGGGAGUCUUUUGCAGUCUAGAGGGAAGAUAGUCUGUUUACAUAUCCCUACCAAAUGCUACAGCAAUAGUGUGUCUGAUAUUUUGGGAAAGAAAUGCCAUAAUAUAAAUGCAGUGUAGACAAUACUUUUGAUGCAUUGAUCCUUAAGAUUGUUAAUGAAGUCCUACUUCUCAUGUUUAUUUUUGAUAGGAAGACAAUUGUCACUUUUGUUAUUGGCUAAAGACAUGUGUUACUCUUCAUUCCCAAGCUCUAGAGCAUGAGCUGCAUGUCAGAGAUCUUGUACAGCAAUGCAUUUACCCAGACGUAGCUAUCUGAGAUUUAGAGAUACUGUGAUUCUUUUGAUAACACCACUCAUAGAAUGCUAUAAGUACUCAGAGGUUUAUGGUCAAGAAUUAAUACGCUGUCUGGUGCUGCUGUUAUAGACUGCAGUGUUGUACAGAAUUUAUCAUGGAUUUUUGACUGCUGAAAAAAAGGGACAGUGAGAUUUAGCCAUACCAAGGAUUGUACUGGAAACUUCUGCUACUGAAUGUGCCCUGAUGUGACCAGUUUGCACUCAGAAGAGGUCCUGCACCUUCGUGAGGUAUUUAAAGCUUAUAAAGGAAUGGUGGCUGGAACUGAAAUGGUGCUCGCCAUGGAAAUAUUCUGCUUUUUGACUGACCAGUGUCCAGGAAACAACUGUAAAUACCAACGUGUGCAUGGGUCAACCCCUCUGACAAUCUCAUAGCACGGGAAGCCAAACCCAUGGUUAACAUCUCCAAAGCUUCGAGAAGUGCCCACAAGGCUUGGAAUGGCUUCUCUCUUGCUCAUGGUGGUUUUGUUGAGAAUUAAUGAAGGCAGUGAAUCUGAUGUAGUAUAGGUCUGUUUUAAUUUCCCUUAUUUGUGCACUAUGUGUUGGAUCUAUAAACACUGACUGCCUCAUUUUCUUGCAAACCACUUAUAUAUCAGCUUGUCAACUGUGUUGUAGACUGUGAGUGUCUCCAUGUAAAAUCUAAAACAUUUUUAGUCAUGUAUUCAUUUAGUUCUGGAAAAGUGUUACUAUCUAAAAGAAGUUCACUGACAGUAUUCAUAGUUUUUUGUCCUUGUUACCUCAAUUAUAAAUAUUAAAAAUAUAAAUUCUGGCAAUGAGAAUAUUUUUUUAUUAAAUGAUCAAGGAAAAUGUCAGUAUAUAGUAGAAUAUUAUCAAAUUAUAUCUUAAAAUGUCUAUUUUGCAUAACAGAGAUAUUCUUCAAUCAAUUCUUCUUUGUGAGCUUUGUGGCUAAUGAAGCGUGUAUUUGUCUUUAACACUGCUGUAGUUGAAACUGUAUACAAGUUUUUCAUCUUGCUUAAUCAAUAUUUCCAGAAUCUAUUAGUUCCCCUGGGAUUCUGAAUAUACUAUAUAACCUAAUUAUGAACCCCUGUAUCUUGUACCUUUUGUGGCCAUCUCAAGGUGCAUGCCUAACCUUGGUGAUAAACCAAUGGACGUGUUACUAACUGAAAUUAAGAAUAAAAGGCAAAUGAGCUGGGGAUAAACUUGAAUCCUAUCUGAUUAAAUUAUUUAUAUCAUU